AUGGACAAUAUGAUUAUCAUGAGGAGUGAUAUGGCCGGCAUUCAAGAUACCAAGACGUUUCUUCAUGAACAUCUAGAUAUCCGAAACUUGGGGACUCUCAAAUACUUCUUAGGUAUAGAGUUUGCCUGCUACUCGGGGGAGAUUGUCAUCAACCAACGUAAGUAUGUACUUGAUCUUUUGCAUGAAAUGGGACUCCUCGGAUGCAAGCCGAAUGUAUCUUCGAUCGAAAGUCGGCCAAAUUUCUAG